AUGGCCAGCGUCAAUGUUAACAGGGAUGAUGGAGAUCUACGGAUCACCGUGAUCGGUGCCGGUACCAUCGGCCUCUCUCUCGCCGCCUUGCACCUCACGUAUCUGAAGACUCCGUCUAAUCUCACGAUCGUGGACGUUCGCCCGGACCUCGAGUCUCACAUUCUCAGGUCUCUCCCGGCAUUCCUCCCACAGAGCCUCCAUAUACGCGUCCCACAGGUCAAGCUGGCUUCCUCAGUGCCGGCCGCCGUUAAGGACAGCGCCAUAGUCCAAGAGUGCGGUCCCGAGAACCUCGCCUUCAAGUCCGCCCUCUGGUCUGAGGUCGAGCCGCACGCUCCGCCAGACGCCCUGUUCUGGACCAGCACCUCUGGCAUCCCAGCCUCCCACCAGAACGUCCAGAUGCGCGACCCAUCCCGCCUCAUCGUUGUGCACCCCUUCAACCCGCCUCAUAUCCUACCCCUCUUGGAGAUCGUGCCCUCUCCGCAAACGUCGCAAUCUGUCAUCGACCGUACGGUUGGCUUUUGGCGCCGGAGAGGCCGCGAGCCCGUCCUCCUCCAGAAGGAGAUCACAGGCUUUGUGGCGGGUCGGUUAGCGUGGGUGCUGCUUCGCGAGGCAAUUCAUCUUGUGGACCAGGGCAUCGUGACGGUUGAGCAGCUCGAUAGAAUUAUUGAGACUAGUAUGGGGCCCCGCUGGGCAUAUGCUGGCCCGUUCAAGAGCUUCCAUGCUGGCGGCGGCCCUGGAGGUCUAGAAGGACUGCUCAAAAAUGUCAGUCUCACCGUGCAAGCUUGCUGGGACGAUGCCGGCAAGGUGAACAUGGGCGACGCAUGGGAAGAUAAGGUCUUUAGACAGGCGAGGGAGUCAUACGGGGCCCUAGACCUGGAAGAGCGAGAUCGUGCCAACCGAAAGGUGCUACAGGCUGUGCAAGAGGUGAAGAGAAAAGCCAAGGCCCAAGACUAG